CCGGCGGAAGAGGGUUUGUUUUGAUACCGCCGGUCGCGUCCAACGUGUGGAUGCGGUUCCUCCUGCAAUGUGCUCAGUAAUUUUACCGAAAACAGACAUAAUGUCAGCCGAGGAGAGCCGAGAGGAAAUCAGCGGACAGGAGGAAGAAGAGCAGAGAGGGACAAAGAGAAAGAUUUCUCUCUCGAAUUGCGGUGUGUGUGGAUCAGAGGAGGCAAAGUACAGGUGUCCCGGCUGCCUUACACAUUCUUGCAGCAUGCUGUGUGUGAAGAAACACAAGGAUGAUUCUGGAUGCAGCGGAGUCCGAGAUAAAACCGCCUUUGUGAGGCUCUCACAGUUUGAUGAAAUGGCGCUUCUCAGUGACUACAGGUUUCUGGAGGACACAGGGCGAUUUGCUGAUGGCACCACCAGGGACAGUCUCAUCCGUGCUCCUCGUACCACAAUGAAAGCAAAGAAGCUGGCAGCCAGUGCCAGAAAGAUGAACAUCACGCUGAGAUUACUCCCCAUCACCUUCACUAAGAGCAAAGAAAACUCCACCUUCUUCCAUACAAAAGAAAAACGGUUCAUGUGGCACCUGAAGCUCAUCUUUCCUCAGAGCAGCACAGAGUUCAGUCAGAGGAGGGUGUCCGACAGACAAACCUUGGAGCAGAUCUUGACCCCUUAUAUCCACCCUACAGAGUCGGAUCCUGUGACACGCCAAAAGUUGAAGAUGUAUGUGCAUGCCACAUUUGAUAAUGUGAAAGUCUUCAUGAAGGCAGAGGGGAGAAAGGCUAACUCUGUGAGGUAUCAUGAGUUGGACAUGCAGAAGAGCCUAAGGGACAACUUAAGCUACAAAACACUGAUUGAAUAUCCUGUCCUGCAUAUUGUACUCAGAGAACACUGGAAGGACUACCCACUGAAAGGACCAGCUGCGCCUGCGUCAGCCCGGAGUAGUUUUGCUACAAAAAGUGAAGGGGUGAACCAAGAGAAGGAGGAUGUGACCCAAAUUUCACCAUACUGCGCCACAGGAGGAACCAACAUCUGGACGGGAACCCCAGAGACCAGGUCUGGAGUUGAACCCCCACAGGAGAAAAGGGCCAAGAAAAAAUCAGUAGAGGAAGAGGUAGAAGAGGGAGAGAUCUUAGGCAGUAGUGAAGAAGAUAAUGAGGAGGAAGAAGGAAAUGCAGAAGAAAUUACCCCUUGUGAUAAUAGCUGUGGUGCUGCCAAACACCCUGCUCGUGACAUGCAGGUGAUUAAAGAUGAACUGGGAGACAGUGUGGACAUUAAUGCUGAUGAUGGCGUUAAUAAACCCAGUGACAGCCGCAGGGAUCGGUCUAUAAAUGAGGACAUAACUGGUUCCACUGAUGAUAAUUCAGCUGCCGCAGAGAGUGCUGAGGUCAGCAUGAUUAAGGAUGAUGCUGUGAAAUAGCUUGGGCCUGUUCAUACCGAUCACUGUCAAGAUGAGAAUGAGUCAGCUAAAGCUGCUGACAGCUGUGGAUUGGAAUGAUAAUACCCAGAUGUUGAUGAAAUGAGUGAGGAGGCAGACAUAUCUGACAGGACGUCAUGAAUAUUGUGGCAGUGUUUUCAGUCUUUUUUACACAAAUUGUUUUAAGUGACAAGAAUAGUAAUUUCCUAAAUGUAUCAUUGUGUAUACAGAGAAUAAUUUCAGUGUUAAUGUUUAUAAUUUAGGCUUAGCCUAUCUGUCUGGAAGCAUACUUUCUUAAAUAAAGACUUUUUUUGGAAAA